AUGCCUUCUUACUCCUCGUUCGCCGUGAUCGGAGCCGGCACUCUCGGUGGCCAUAUCCUAGCCGCCCUCGCCGCCCAGCCAUCGGUCAAAGUGAUCUUGCUGUCCCGCACCGCGUCCAAGAAGGUCCCGGAGAAUGUUCAGGUCGUCCAAGUCCCGUCGUACGACGACGUGCCAGCCGUCACCGCCGCACUCAAGUCACACAACGUCGAACAAGCGCACAUCAAGCUGUUCGUGCCGUCCGAGUUUGGCUCCUCGACGGAAGGACAUACGGAGGGUCCGCUUGCCGAGAAGAACAGGAUCAUAGAAAAGCUCCAGAGCGUCGGCGUACCGUAUCUGCGCAUGUUUGUUAGUGCUUCUGUACUCUGCCUCCUUUCAGAUCCUGACGUAAACCAGACCGGAUUGUUCAUCGAAUUUGCGCCCUGGGUCGUGAACUACAAUCCCGAGGCCAAGAAGCUGUACGUGAUCGGUAAAUCGGAGGGCCCUGUGUCGGUCACGUCCAUCAGCGAUGCUGCUGGAUAUCUCGCACAUGUCCUCACCCACCAACCUCGCUCUACCCUCAAGAACCAGAUUCUGCGUAUUGAAGGCCAGCGCAUUGCGGGCUAUCGGUCCCUUGGGUCGCUUUUCGGUGCGGAAGUUGAGACGGUCGAGACCAUGGAAGGGGAGAUGCCGGGCUUCAAAGCGUUCUUGAUGAGCCUUGCUGACCAAGGUCAGGCUACCUCUGGCCACGGGGCCAAAGGUGUGUCUGACGAAGAGGCCUCGAAGAGCGGGAUCGCGCUGUGGGCGGGACACCAGUGGAAGACUGUCCAGGAUGUUUAUGGGCUCUAG